AUGGCAUACAAGUUCCAGAAACAUUUCCGGAGAUACUCACUUCAGUGCUACGAGAAGAACCCCUCAGUCGCCGGAACUUGGUUCGAAAACAGAUACCCUGGCUGUGCUUGCGAUGUUCCGUCACACAACUACACGUGGAGCUUUGAGCCAAAGAUGGACUGGUCUGCAGUAUACCCUCCAGCUUCGGAAAUCCUCGACUACUUCGAAAACUUUGCGAGGAAAUAUUCAUUGUACCAAUACAUCAAGCUUCAGCACCAGGUCACAGGAGCGUACUGGAACUCUCAGAGCGACGGCUACGAUGUCCACGUCAAGGAUACAACAACCGGAGAGACAAUUGUUGACCACUGCGAUAUCCUUAUUAACGCCGGCGGCAUCCUCAACAAUUGGAAGUGGCCCACAAUUCCCGGUCUUUCAAAGUACAAGGGUACCCUCCUCCAUACAGCGAACUGGGACGACUCUAUCUCUCUCGAGGGCAAAAACGUCGGUCUCAUAGGCAACGGCAGCUCAGGCAUCCAGGUUCUGCCUGCAAUCCGCAGUAAGUGUAAGAAAAUUACAACCUUUAUCCGCGAGCCGACGUGGGUAUCUCCUGUCCAGGGCCUAGAACAACACAAGUUCAGCAGCGAGGAGAGGAGGGAGUUCGCCGACAAGCCAGGCGCGUUGCUCGAGUACCGCAAAAGCAUCGAGUCUGGUCUCAACGGUCAGUUCGGCAUUUUCCUCAAAGACAGCAAGAUCAACGAGGAAACCCAUGCCUACUUUACCGAGCAGAUGAGGGAGAAGCUUAAAAACCCCUACCUCGAGUCGAAGCUCAUCCCCGAAUGGAGGGUAGGUUGUCGCCGCCUGACACCUGGAGUCGAUUACCUCGAGUCGCUCACCAAACCCAACGUCGAGGCUGUCUUUGGCGAGAUCAACGAGGUUACGGAGCGGGGGUGCUUAUGCGACAACGGCAAAGAAUAUCCUGUCGACGUCCUUAUCUGCGCAACCGGCUUCGACACAUCCUUCAAACCUCGCUUCCCCGUCGUCGCGCCCUCGGGCGAAAACCUCCAAGACAAAUGGGCCGUCAACCCCGAGUCUUACUUCGGCGUUGCGGCGGCUGGUUUCCCCAACUACUUCUUUAUGCUCGGCCCCAAUUGCCCCAUUGGUAACGGGCCAGUCUUGUCUGCCAUAGAGGCACAGGCCGAUUGGAUGCUCAAGGUCAUCGACCGAUAUCAAACCACCAAUAUUGCCGAGUUCGCUCCCAAAGAGGAUGCCGUCCGCGACUUUGUUAGUUACAAGGAAUGGUUCAUGAAAAAGACCGUCUGGUCGGAUCCUUGCCGGUCGUGGUACAAGUCCCGUGUCGAUGGGCCUGUCAUAGCCUUGUGGCCAGGUUCGACAUUACACUAUAUCGAGGCCAUCAAGGAGGUCAGGUGGGACGAUCUGGAAGUCAAGUAUGCCGGCAACCGGUUCGCGUGGUUGGGCAACGGGUAUUCACAGACGGAGCUUGAUGACACCGCCGACUGGGCGUACUACAUCCGGGAUGAGGAUGACGAUCCGCCCCUGACGACAGCCGGGAAGCGAAUGUUGCGCACCAAGAGUGGCACUGUCAAAGGUAGGAAUGUUGUAGCUUACAGUGGCAAACCUAGUGAGAUCAAAAAGCAUGAACAGUGCAAGGAUAUAGCUAGGCUAUAA